AUGGGAUCAAUAACCAGUGGGAAGAUGAGAGAUCAACAUCAGAUCAGAAGGCUACUGCAGUGGCUUGGCAAGGUGACAAAUGAAGCCCAAAGAAGGUGGAGUCAGAGGAACAAAGAGGUGGGACUGGAGAAGGCUGAUCCGGGCGCAGGCCAAGCGGCACCGGACCAGGGGCACCUUCGGCUUCGCCGCCGGUGGCUAUACUUCCAGUCCGAGGAUGUCCGCUCGGCGCGCGUACCUCGGUGCGAGCUUCCCCCGAGCUCUUUGUUAACGGAGGAUGGGGAGAAAGCGGGGCAGGCACCUAGCACACCGGGCAGCGGCGGCUUGGGGGGUGGGGCGGGGACGGCCCAACGAGUUGCUCGCCUCGCUGCCCUUCCCCCACCUCCCGGCCGCAGCCCCUGCCGGCCGCUCAGGUCUCGUCCCGCCUCACGGCCAGCGCUCCCCGGCCCGGGCUGCUCAGCACGCCUCGCCGCCUGCUGGGCUACUGAUGCCCUCCAUCCACACAAAGACGCGUGCGCCCGGGCGGGGAGCGCAGGGGCUGGCACGCACCACCGGCGGGCCUUCUGUCUGCACCCCCUCUCCCGGCCGCCGCCGGCGCACUCCCACGGCCCCCACUCCCUCGUCUCUCGUCUGAGCCGCCAUUUGCUCCUCGCCUCCCCGACUCAGCUACCGGUAAUCUCAGAUCUACUUUCCGUCUCUUCGGUAUUGGGGAAAUACCUUUUCUAUUGCAAAGAUCACAGCCAGAGGUUGAACUCUAGGCAAGAGGAGCAUGGGAAUAUGGAGACAUGAACUGAUUCAAGGAAUCUGGCCUGGGGAAGGCCUCAUGCACAGAUUCUGAGCUGACAGGGUCUUGUCUUAAAGAGCCUUGGACCAAAUUUACUACCAGCCUUAUCCCAACCCCCAUUUCCCCAGCUUCAAAGAGAAUACAGGUGACCACAGACUCCGAAGUCUUGCAGGUUGGUGCAGACUUUUGAGAACCUGUUGUACAUCUCUCACCCUUGUUCCAAUGGGUACUCUUUGUUAACACUAGAACUUAUACUGUCCCACAUUUGAUCUUUCCUUCCUCAACCACAAACUUCUACUUCCUUCUACUAUUGUCUUCAGAAUGCCAAUAUUUUGUGUCCCAGUUUCAUCUUGGGCACCAAGGAGUAGGAUGAACUUUAUAGUUCUGAAAUUCUAGGUUCAGAAAAUAGUGCUGUGGAGCACAAGGUGGGUGGGUUUCACUGUCACUCAUGCCUGUACCUGUGAACAGGGAACCUCCUGAGGAAACACAUAUGGUCUCAUCAUAUUCCACAGCCACCCAGCCACAUCGCUCAAGGCCUGACUUCCUUUCCUCCCCACGCCCCACCCUCUGGGCAGAAGUAGCUGAGAAGGUGCUUCUCCAGCUCUUUCCUCUUCCCUGCUUAGCUCUAUUAUAGUUCACUAGGCCAACACUUCUCUUAGAACCAAAGUGUUUCUAUUUAGGGGUCUGGGGAGCAAUUCCAUUUCCCUCUAUCAUCUCACCUGGAUUUUCUGGCUUUCAGAAGAAAAUGAUCCACUCAGAGAUCGUGACUUAUUUCUUCCCAAGCAGUGAGUCAUAUUCACAGACAAACCUUAUCUCCUGGGCCACAACCUGGUUGGCUCCCAACUCACAGAACAUGAUCAAAGACUGUGUAUCUUUGUAUCUUUAUAUUAACUUGCACAUAAUUCAUUUAAACUUUGGAGAAAAACGCCUCAUCAUAUCCUCCUACCUCCCCACCACUUGUUUUAAUUUUCUCCACAGCUCAUCCGACAUACUAUACCAUCCUUCCUCCCUCCCUCCCUCCUUCCCUUUCUUCUUUCCUUCCUUCCUUUCAUACUGUUUUUCUCUCUCUCCUCAUUGGCCUAUAAACUUUUUGAAGGUAGGGCUUUGGUUUGUUUUGUUCAUUUCUGUAUCCAUAGGACCCAGCUCAAUGCCUGGCACAGGGUACUCAAUAAAUGUUGAAUAAACAAACUGUUGAAUGAA